CACCUCACAGUAGUUUGUAUGUGCCGUUGUCUAAACAAUACGAGUGACCGGAAAGCGGACAUCGAGGGGGGAUAUUGAAUUUACCAGCACUCACGACGGACAUGCAUUUGUGAAACUGAAAUGGCAAAAGGGAAGAAACAUGAGGUAAGGACGGACGUAAAGCUCGAAAACACUCCCGAACAGAAAACCACCACCGAGGACAUAAAAGAAAACCAUCCAGCGUCUAGCAAGAAGGACGGUACUAGAAAACCACAGUCUGUCCCCCCGAGUGUGCGUGGUCCCAGCAAAUCCAGAUUGCCUCUGAGUGACGCAUCAAGCAUGUUGAUUCAAGAAGGCAACCAAUCAGACGGACGCACUGACAAGGUGACCGAAGACGUAUGUGAAGCCAAGGUGGGCGGGGCAGAGCUGGACGGCCACAAUCGCGUGGUGAAAGACGACGUCUCGCAUCAACCUCAGCAAAAGGAGUCGACGGUGCAGUCAAACGUUGCCCCCGUGGGAGACCGCAAAACGUCGACGCCCAAAUCCCGCAGUCGGAACCCUCGUAAAGUCAAAGGGAAAACGACGGAGAAUAAUGUCACCCAAAACAGGAAGGUGACAGACUUCUUUCCCAUCAGGAGAAGUAAUAGAAAAACUAAAGGAGAGCUAAAGAAUGAAGAGAACAAGCAGAUCGACGACCUCAUAAAGAACGGCGUUGAGGAGGGACUGCAGGUGCGAGUGAUCGAGGGCAAAGGUCGAGGCGUGUUUGCGUCCCGAGGCUUCACGAAGGGCGACUUUGUGGUGGAGUACCACGGCGACCUGUUGGAGCUGGCCGAGGCCAAGCAGCGAGAGGCCCGCUACGCUCAGGACCCCCGAACUGGCUGCUACAUGUACUACUUCCAGUACCACUCCAAAACAUACUGCGUGGACGCCACCGAGGAGACGAGCCGCCUGGGGAGGCUCAUCAACCAUAGCAAGGCGGGCAACUGCCAGACCAAACUGCACGCAAUCGACAGCGUCCCUCACCUCAUCCUGGUGGCGUCCAAAGACAUCGAGGCCGACGAGGAGCUGCUCUAUGACUACGGCGACCGCAGCAGGGCGUCCAUCUUGGCUCACCCGUGGCUCAAGCACUGAAUACUUUGCAUGGAUACUAACUAGGGAUGCUCCAAUCAGGUUUUUAUGCUGCCGAAGCAGAUACCGAUCACAUUAAGUGUAAUUUUGUAAAUGAAAACUGCCAAGAGCUCCUAAUUUUUCUAACAUUUAUUUUCAUAACUUAUUUCAAGCAUGAAAAAGCAGGCUUGCAGGCACCUCACGUGGUUGUGGGGGCUCGCGUCGGUUACCCCUGGGCUGUAUGAUAUAAAAGGGGAACCAUAAAAUUUAGACAAACAUAUUUGACUUUCUUUUUCUAAAUCACUGGUGAAACUUGGCGUAUGAGGCGCCUUCUUUAAGGAGACUUUGGAUGCACGAGCAGCUUGAUAGCACCCCAGCAGCACCCCAGGCAGUCUGCAAAUCCAGUGUCGCCGUUCGACGACCGGCCAUCCAGUCAUGUCCUGUCCCACACGGCCGACAUGUUUGUUUUCGGCUUUGUGAAGGCAAAGUGGGCGGGAGACGGUCGCUACAGGCUGGGUGCUGCAAUGGGAACAGAGCUGAUCGGCGUUAAAAAGCAAGUAUCGGCAUAUGCAGUGGCUGAUCGAUUGGAGCACCCCUAAUACUAACUGGUGCUUUUUUUGUUUGGUUGUCCUUCCAUUUUUUUAAUGACUUGUAAAAAAUUUUUUAACUGCUUAUCAAACUGUAGCCCCCACUAUCAUGAAUAGGAACGUGACCUAUAGUCUAACAUGGCCGCUCAUGUAAAUUAUGAACUGUGCUGUACACUGAGGAAUAAAAACACAUGAUGAGCUGCCGUGUGCAGUCGGUAAUAUUCAUUGUUACAUCAAGACAAACAUUCACAUGCACAGCAUUUUGUUUUCAUCUGGAACACACAA